CUGAGGUUCUAUGGAGAGUUAUGGAAAUUUUUCAGACGGCUCAUUUGUUUACUUUCCAUCCACCUACAAGUAACAAAGGUUACAUUUCUGCUAUUUGAUCACUUUUUUUCAGGUGGAUUCCUGUUUGGCUAUGAUACCGGUGUAGUGACGGCGGCAAUGCUCUACGUGCCGGACAACAAAGAUUUGAGACCAGUUGGUUCUGUAUGGCAUGAAGUAAUCGUGAGUAUCACCUCAGGUUUCGCCGCCGUAGGUGCACUACUUUCUGCUCCUGGUUCAGACUAUUUUGGUAGGAAGAAAGUGAUCGUUGCCGCUUGUAUUGUCUUCACUGCCGGAGCCGUGAUAUGCGCGGCAGCAUGGACGAAAAUAGUGUUAGCGAUAGGGAGAAUUCUACUUGGAGUCGCCAUCGGUUUCGCAUCGAUGAUCGUGCCGGUGUACGUUAGUGAAGCGUCCCCAUCACAUAUUCGCGGGCGACUGGUCACCGGCUUUCAGCUGAUGAUUACCGUCGGUAUGGUAGUCGCUAAUCUUGUCGGUGCUGGGUUCAGCUACGUCGACCCGACAAAUGUCGGAUGGAGGUUGAUGUUUGGAUUUGCUGGUGUACCGGCUAUCAUUCAAUUCAUUUGCUUCUUAUUCUUGCCGGAGAGCCCUCGGUGGUUGUUCGAGCACAACAGGAUAGAGGAAACGGAAGCGGUGCUGAGAAAAAUUUAUAACGGAAACGAUGAAUGGGUCAAGUAUGAAAUGGCCGAAAUCAAACAUGGGCAUGAAAUGGAACGAAUGGCUAAAGAAGGAACACGCCGGAAGUGGUCCGAUGAUAGUGCGAGUUCUGCGGACUCCUCACGUCCUCAAAGCUUUAUUUAUUGGGAGCGUCAUUCAAGCAUUCCAACAGCUGUCCGGUAUCAAUACUGUUAUGUACUAUACAACAAACAUUAUUCAAUCGGCUGGUGUCACCGACAAGCAUGCUACAAUAUGGAUUUCGGUCGGCACUGCAGGUGA